CCUAGCCCCACAGCCUACAAGGCUACACUAUGUUUUGAGAGCAAAAACUCUGACUCGUCUUUUGUCAGUGGGAUUCUGCUUUCGAAGUUCCUAUCUGAGUCUUUGCUUGUUUGGUGUGAUUCCUCCGAGCCUUAGUUGUAGUUUGGGGUGUUUAUGCACUGCUCCAUGAGUUGUGGGACACACGCAGUCUCGUUAUUGGCCAAGGUUUAGUUGUUAUGGGUAGCACUUCUGCUCGUUACGAAAACGUGUUUCAAUUUUGUUGAACUGGUGUAAAUAUGAGUGCUGUGAACGGUAGUAAAAAAGGCAAGAAGAAGAAGAAGCGCCAGCAGGCACCUCCUAGAAAGGAAACUCUAUCGCCCACCCUUUCAGGCUUUACCUCUGCAGUUGUGCCGAGAGUAUUGCCUAGCUGUGCUGCCAACUCACCAACGCCGCAAGACUUGGAUGCGCUCGUUCCCAUGGACGAUAUACUCCAUGGCGCUGGCGAUAUCCUGCCAUCGCCUCUCAACUUUAAUCAGUGCCUGCUUUGUCGCAAGGCAAGGGACUCCCCAUCGUUGUCGUCAUCAUCAUCUCAGAGUGGCAAGGAUGACGAGUUCUCUUCAGAGAGUUCGUGGUACGUUUGUGCAGAGUGCCAGCAUCGUGUUCCUGGUUCCAGUGAGCUGAAGUCACACGUCUCAUCUGAUUCACUGUCCUAUCUCUAUAUGCUGGAUGAGGGUGUAGCAGCUACUCCGAUGUCACCGCUCUCGCUCAGCGGUGUGGCACAGUACAACGGUGUGAUUGCCAACAGCAACGGCUUGCCAGCAACCCCGCCGCUAUCUGUGUCGAGUAGUCCGCCGGCUUCGCCAUCGUGCGACCUGCCGCUAACAUCAGCAUCGUCAGUGUCCCCGUGUUCCUGUGUGCAGUGUGGCGAAGCUCAGGCUUUGACAAUGGCAGCCCAGUCAAACAUGGAGCAAACACUACCAUCAAUGUGGAUGGAAGUGCGGCAUGCGAUGCGCUGCAUAUUCUGCGAAGCUGACACCGUUAUGGCAGACACUCAUGUGGGAACAUAUUCUUGUGACAAGCUUGAUGAUCUGGUUGAAAGGCUUUUCUGUUCGGAUCCACUUCAGUUUAACCUACGUGCUGAAGGGCAGGCAAAGGCGUAUAUUACAGAUGAGAUCUGGCCUCGUAUUGCCCAUCAGCUGGAGCACGGUAGUGUGAUCGAUGUGGUUCAGCUCAUGCUCGGCGAGUACUCGGCUCUGUGCUCGGCUUCCCGGACACUCACCACGGUGUUAAGGCCACUGGACGAGUAUUUGCAGCACAAUGCGUCAUCAUGGAGCCUGCAGAUUCAGCGUCUCUUCGACGAGUACAUCUUCUCGCGGCAUCGCGUGCUCGAAGCUCAGCCAGUUCUGCUAGAGGCGCUCCGGACCAUGGCACCCCAGUCGGAAUGCUGUCGCAAGUUACUAGAAAGCUACACGGAGUUGAUCACCACUGUCAAUGAGAAUCGAGUUGCUUGGAGUAUGAGUAGGCCUCGGCCUGCUGGGCCAGAUGACUUGACGGAGAUUGAGGUAACAUACUUAUCGGAUGAAGGUCAAUGGCAGGUGUCAUUGCAUAGUAGCAGCAGUAGCAUCUGCAGCCUAGAUAGCGAUACAUUGGACCGGCAAAGCCUCUCUACUGACGAUGAGGGUGGAGAUGAUGAGGAGGAUGCUUGCUCGUCCACAGACCCUGAACUGGACAGCUUUGUGGGUAGAGGAGCUCAUGGACCGCCGCCGAUGGAGUUGGUUCCUUCAUGUAUUCGUGCUGAUACCAAGGACAACACACAGUAUGCCUCGGAACAGUUGCGUGACUAUUUGUCUGCGAUACUCUCUGACCCCAGUCCCUCUAACUGCCCACCCAUCCCACAACAGCUGCAGGAACAGCUGAUGAGUGGACCACUGCAUGGCCUGGUGGAUCAAUGUGAGGACCGGCAUGUGUUUGCGGAAGCAGUUAGGCGUCUUGUACAGCGUUUGGACUCCAGCGAAUGUGCUUGUCCCAUGUGCCAUCAAGGCAGCGGGUACCCUGACAGUGGUAUAGCACUGGACAUGAUUGCUGCUGGCGCUCAUGAAGCACUGCAACAUCCCGACGACUCGAUGGACGUCAUGCGCCAUCACGUCAGUCCAAGCUUAGCCGACUACCCAGCAGUCUCCGAGCACAACCUAACGUUUCCACCUCCUGUCAGUCUACACUCCAGCCUGGGGGCGGCGGUGGUGCCACUGGUACCACCGCCGCCACCAUCAUCGUCAUCACCGUCCGCACUCGCUCAGCACCUGGCCAGACAGCAGCUGCCUGUCACCAGUGGCUUUGCGGCAUCCGUUGCCGAAGCCUUUGCAACGAGUGCCGGCGGCGGCGGCAGCGCCAGCGCGGCAGCUGCCUAUGUCAGCAGCAGCUGCGGUGGUGUUGGUGGUGGCCUGGCGAUAGGCACAGCUGGCCAGUCAGUGUACUGCAGCAACUCCCUGUACAGUGUGCCAGUGAUGAGUGAACACGGCGAGGCGGUCUUGGACACGCUGCGUACUCUCAGCUUUGACUACAUGAUCUCUCACUCUGGUUCUAGCAAGAAAUAUCCAUCCCUGCCAUUGGAUGUGACCUCCUGCUGUGUGUCUACCGCGAAUGGACAUGCCUACCUGUCCUCGGCCGCCGUUAACAGCCGUAUUAUGAGUGGAUUAUCUUCUACGCACGGUGUACCUGGCGGGCAGACUGUCGAUUCAGAUCUUGUGUUGAGCAGCGUGCUGAAAGAUUAUGACCUACAGCAGGAGCACCUGUCGUCCAUGGGCAGCAUGCUGCAUGAUGAUGACAUUCCGUGCACGUGCACACCAUGUUCCACGAUGACGUCCGCAAUGCUGUCCGCCACCACUGACAGCUGUGCAGUGAUGGCAGGAGCAACAGGAGUAGUGACAGCACUGGGGACCGCACCAGCAACGGCAUCCUCAGCAGCGGCAGCAGCACUGGCGUCAUCUUUGUGCAUCGACUGUGGAAGUCAUUGCGGUAGUCGUCGCUCCUCUUCCACUGCGUCAUCUUGCUCUGACCCAGGCUUGUCCGAGAGUGGUGCAAGUGCUUGCUCCAGUGGGAACGAUACUGGUGAUGAUGAAGCUUCGCCGCCUGGCUCGCCAUGCACUAAGCAUCGAUCUUCUCCACUAGGCACCAUGUCAGCAAAUGGCAUGUCAGCGUCUGCAACUUCUUCUGCUCAUGCUGCUACUGCUGCUGCGGUGGGUGAGAGACCGGAGGCAUAUGCUUCAUGCUGCAGUGCCAAUGCUGUCUCCACGCUGAUGCCAAGCUGCUCUGCCAUUAGUUCAACAACUGCAGCCAGUGCAGCGGCCUGUGCAUUGCCAGCUCUACACAUACGCAAUGGUGCUGCUUCUGGUGCUGGUGCUGGUGGUUGUGAUGCUGUAGGUGGUGCUGGUGGUUGUGAUGCUGGUGAUCCAACAGGUCUGUCAUCAAUGCCGUUAUCAGAUCAUUUCUUCCUGUCCCUUCUCAAGCCAAGCGCUCAUCUGCCCAGCCUACUAGCUAGUGGUACCAGUGGCACGGGCAGGGGUCUCAUCAAUGCCGACCUCUACUCAGCUGCUGUGAAGAAUUUCAAAGAUGCACGCGAAGCCGGUUUGCCAGCCUGCGAUUGCUCAUCUUGUUUGCAGCAAAUGCGCUUGUUGAAUGAGCCGCAAGAGGCACUGCAUGCCGAAGAUGUCAGUCGAAUGGCCCUGCCCAGUACCAGUCCUGACUUGGCAAUGUUGCUGGGUACGGCAGCAGUACGUAGCUUUGAUCGAGCCAUGUCCUGUGACCCGUUCCACUCAUUCGCCGAGAACACGCAUCCGCAAGAAUGGAUGCAGCCGUUGCCCGUGGACUACCCGUUCUCCGGCGAACUGCGCCACCAUCACCACCACCAUCAUCACCAUCAUCAUCCGCACAGCCACCAUUGUAAAGCUAGCAACGGCAUGGCUACGUGUACUGCCGCAUCUAGCACUGUUCACCCUGGACACCAUGCUGCCAGUACAGUAGCUCAACCCAGAGGUCAUGUACUACCGCCAGUAUGCACAGCUGCUGCUACUGCUGCUGCUAACGGCAGCCAUCGGACAACUGUAUGUUCAGCAGCAACUCACACUUGCUCCGCUUCCAGUAGAAAGAUGGCGGCUGGAAUUUCGGCAGCUUCAGCGAUAUCACCUAUGCCGUUACAUGCAGGCACAUCUUCUGCAUCAGAUGUGUGUAGUUCGUCUGUGUCCAGCUACUCUGCUAUUGCGGCGCACAUUGGCUCUGCGGUGCCAGCUAUAACGCAAGCUGCGGCUCGUGUUCGUAAGGGAUUGCCCAGCCGCCAACAGCAGCUUCUAGAGUCCAUGUCAACCUCAGCUUCCCUCACCGAGGCUUCUUUACCAGCUGCAACAAGUGGUGCGCCCCUGAACAAGCCGAAUUCUUCCAUGGCAGUCGUGCCAGCAAGCAGUGGCACUAGCUCAGGCAGCACGUCCCGCUCCUCUGCUGCCGGCCCGUUGAAACGUCUGUGCAGAUGUGCAAACUGUGCGGCACUGUGUGAGCACAUACCUGGGCAGCCGGGCUACCCCACACAGCUAAGUCAGGAACGCCUUCGCCAGCUGCAAGCAGAACAGAGGAGAAAAGAGGCUCGUCGAGCUAAAGGUGAUGCAGCAGCCAACGGCUCAUCAGACAGCGGCGGUGAGCUUAUUCCAGAUGACUUGCCACGCAUUGGCCCGGCCGCGCCACGUGUCCACGGCUCCAACGACACUGCAACUCCUCUCAAGCAUGCUGUUGGCAGUAGUGGUGGUGGUCGUGCUGAGGGUGGCAGCGGCCGCAUGUCCAAAGACUCUAGUAUCACUGCUGCGGAGCAAGCCAGCAUGCAAGUGACAUGCAACAACCCUGCCUGCACAAUCCAUCACCCAUCAGAACCAAGCGAAUCCAGCUCCCAUGCUCUUGCUCACUCCGGUGGCAACGGCACUGCAAACACCACGACAGCAGGUCUGUCCGCUGGUGGCAACGGUGCUGGAUUAGCUACUUCUGGUGCUGUUACUGCUUGUUCCAGUGAUCCUGCUGGUAACGUGGGUGCUGCUGGCACUGGUGCUGCUGCUGCUGGAAAGCAGUCUUGCCGCUGCAUGUACUGCGAGCUCUUUGGACGUGCCGGGCCUGCGACUAUGCCAGCCAGCCACAACUAUACUACAGUGAGAGAAAAGCUGCGUUCCAGGCUAAACAACAAGAGGAGCAAUGGCAAGCCACAUGACCACCACCAUCAUCAUCAUCACUUAGACGGCAGUGGCCUCCUGGCGGCGACAGCAACUGAGAGCGCCAUGGACAUGUCACAGCCCUUGCCACUGGAAGAUGUACCAGCCAGCAGUGGUGUCGAAGACGCUGAUAGUGCAGUUGGCACUGGUGCAAGUGGUGCUAGCGCCGGUAGUGCUAGUGCCGGUAGUGCUAAUGGUUCCACUGCUGCCGUGACUGAGUCGCAGAUUACCACAGCCUCUGCAGCCGCUGUGCUCAGUAAAAAGCCGCCGCCGCCCAGUGCUGCCGUUGGGUCAUCAACAAAGACACCAGCUUCAAGUGAUUCAUCUGUAUCCUCGAAGAAGGUCGGUACGAAAGCUGCGGACAAGAGCCAGCAGCAGCAGCCUGUGGGUGCUCAGCCAAUCGAAGUGGUGAUGGAAUACAUUGUUGGUUCUGAAGCAAUGGCUGCAUCCAGUGCUACGGCUAGCAGCAAGAAAUCAGAUCAGUCCACCUCCAAGGCAGCCAAGAGACAGCGGCAAAAGCUAAAGAAGAAGGCCCAAGCAUCCACGGGCACUGCUGCCAAUGGAAGUGUUGGUGAAAGUGGCAAGGACAAGAGUAUGGACUCCCAAGACCAAGUCGGCAUGGAUGCAGGCAAGCCGGUGGAGAACUCGGCCACUGAUUGCUCGCCGCCUGGCCAGGAUGCAGAGCUGUCCAAGUUGGAUGGCAACGCACGGUCAACGUCCUUAGCUAGUGAUGAUGCCGCUGCUGUGACUGAAACUUCCUGUGAAGUUGACGUGUCGGUGGGCGCCUCAUGCAGUGCCGGCAGUAGUGGCACCAGUGGACGUCACAGCCCGCAGACCAUGGCCAAUACCGGGAAGGAGCCGGCUAAAGUGUCUACAGCUGUCGCUAACAAGGGGGCACCGGCACCAGAAACUAGCUCUAGCAGCAGCAGUGGCAAGAAGAAAAAGAAGAAAGAUGUGAAGGUUGAUAGUAGGGGGAAGGCGGCUGUAGCUAGCAGCGGUGUGACUACAUCGAAAGGUAAAGAUCAGGCCAACGGUCGGAACAGCUCGCGGCACAUUGCAACCAAAGACCAAUCAUCACUCAGUCAAGCACCAGCUGCUGGUGCUGCUGGCCUGUCGGAGCACAAAGGUGGCUCGCUCGAUGAACUCAGUACCUUCACCUCCCUCAGGCGUGCAGACGUGAAGGAUCAGUCAGUUGAAAGGCAACAGGUAUCCAAGUCGUCGACAAAGGCCGAGGAGAGCAGAAUGCCUGCUGCGGCAUCGAAGAAUGGGCACAAACAGAGCGAGGAAAGCAAGGAGUCGUCAUCGUCUGGUCAGAAAGUCAAGACGAAAGCGUCAGAGACAACAUCUUCACGCAGAGGAUCGGAGGAUUAUCAUGCUCGCUCCAGUAGCUCUGUAUCUGGUGGCCAUACUCGCUCCAGCUCAAUGAGCAGUAGCAGCAGUAGCGGCAACGGCAGUAGCACUAAUAACGGCACUGCCAAUCAAUCGAAAUCACUACAGGCCAGCUCUGUUGAUGUCACCAGUACUGCUUGUGUGACUGCUGCCGGCACUAGCACUCCGCAAAGGAAGAAGCAGAUGCAAGAAAGGGCCAAAGCACAAGAGCAGAGUGACCGCUCGUCACGGCAAUCCUCUGCUGCCCCGUUGUUGCCCACAUCGACUGGGUCGCAUGACUCAGCUUGGCAACAAUCCUGUUCUCGUCAGCAACAGCAGCAGCAGUUACAGAAUUCUACAGGUCGCACCCGCCAGCCUGCCCACGCCAGCCUGCCGCAAGCAGCGCAGCCGCAGCCGCCACAACAACCUCAGACGCGCAGUGCUGCAGCUAACAGUCAGCGGAGUGGUGUUGGCAAUCAUCGCAGCGCUGCUCGGGAGCGCGGUAAUGCUGCCACUGCUGCCGCCGCCGCUGCGUCCAGCAACAGCGGUGUCACUGUUGCCAAGCCCACCCACACAGUAUCCAGUAACAAAGUGCAGCCAGGAUCUACGUAUGCCGAGCAAGUGCAGCAACAGUUAGGACAGAAGGCAGGUCGCAGUAGCGUAUCGCAACGUGCUGCUAACCAGACCAAUGUAGAGCAGCCGCCCGCAGUGCCUACUGAAAAGACUCCACCUCUGUCCAAGAUGCAAGAAAGUGCACCGUCUUCUCAGCCAAUGCAGUGGCCAGCCGCCGGUACACCGUCUUCCUCUGUGCAGGGCAAGGCCACCAACUCGGUCGUGCCAAUCACCAUCCAGAGCAGCCAUAGCAAUUCUGUAACUGCUGUGGAUGUAUCAUUCCAGCAAGAAGACAUGCGUUACUCAUCCACCAGUGCUUCAACAUCUGCUCUCAGCCCAAUGCCGCUCGCCGCUGCAGCUUCUUCUAACAAAGGAAGCUCGCCGCCGCCUGGCUUUCACUCCUCUUCCCCAGCUGCCAACAGGCAGAGACAAGCUGGUUCAAUGGCAGCACUGGUGAAUCCACCUGAUCAUCAGCACAAUGCCGUGGUCUUUGCAGAAGGAUCUACUGAGCCUGUUCACUCUCUACUGUCGGCCAUGGGUCGCCAGGUUACUGCAUCAUCCAGUGUGACAGUGACUGCGGGGCACUCGCCUCAAUUGUUCACAACAUCUAUGAGAAGUAGUGCGCCAACAUCAGCAUCUGUUGCUACACCUACACCAGCACGUGCGCCGAAGUCUUCCCCGGCAGUUUCAUCGACACCAGUCCUGAGACAGGGAGAUUCGGCCGAUCAGGUCCACGCAACUGGAGCAGCAGUGGCCCAGUCGCAGAGUAAUGCGAAUGGCCAACAUGUGAACAUGCCCAAACCUAUAGGCAGCCAAUCCAGGCUCACUGAACAGUCAGAGCCUUAUGUACAACAGCAACAUUGGCAACAACAGCUGCAGCAUGAGCAGUCUAGCGCAGAGAAACGCCAUGGUCAUGAUUAUUCCCACAUCCAGCAACCUUGGCAAUCCCAGCAACAACAACAACAACAACAACAACAACAACAACAUCAGCAGCAGCAGCAGCAACAACAGCAGCAACAGCAGCAACGUCAACAACAGCAGCAACAGCAGCAGAGGCGGGCGCCACUUCAUGCGGAUACUCCGCCAGUAACGCUCACUUCUGCUCCGGCGCCAUCUUCAUUCUACACCUCUGGAAGCACACAACAAAAGCAGCAGCAGCAGCAGAUACCACCAGCUGGAGAUGGUGGACGAUCAUUGUUUCCUUCACUGUCUACAGGAGCAUCGCGUCCCAGUGUGCAAGGUCAACAGCACUACGUACAGCACGAUGCCAGUCAAGACCAGUCCCGGCCGUCUCCUUUGACAUCACCUCGACCGCCGCUUUCCUCUAGUAGCAACCAUGCGGCCUCUGCUUCUACUGCUGCAGUUGUGGCAUCCAGUCGUACAACCACGACUGGGUUGGAUAGGAGUGCUCACGGCACUAGUCAUCAGCUUGCUACGCAGCCAACUCUAGCCAGUGUAAGUUACCAGCAUUCGGCUGGAUGGUCAUCUGCAUCAUCAGCAUCUAAUACUGCAGCAGCUAGUACUAAUGGUGAUGCUAAUGUUAGUGUUGCCGUUGCUGGUAGUCGUAGCACUGGCACCAGAGAGCAGUCUAAUGCAGCAGCGCUGUCUGAUUUCUUCCCGGGUAGCAGUGCGGCUUGGCACAUGCAGCCACACCAGAAUCAGCCGCUGUUGCCAGCACCGAAAUCUCAACCGCAUGUUCAGCAGCAGCAGCAGCAUCAAUCGUCUUGGGAUGUAACAUCGAAUGGUGGUCGCUCACAGGUGAAUGGUGGUGCAUCCAGCUUUAGUGAUUCUGCUGGCUAUGGCUGGCAGCCAGAGCGACCUCAAGGUGUGCAACCGACUGUCCCUACUUCAGUUAGUACAGCUGCCCCGGGCCAGAGAUAUCGGCCGGCACCAUCACCGACUAUACCGGCGGCGGGGGCAGUAGCAGCAACAACGGCACAUGCCACACAUAGCUCCAAGGAACAGCAUGAUCCUCACCGCCGACAUCAGCAUCAAGACCAGCAGCAGCGCAGUUUGGACCAGCCUUGGCCUCCAAAGCAGAAUCUUCAGGAAGAUGGUAUGCUAAGGAAUCGUCAUCAAGAUGAUGCCAUGAGCCGACAGCAGUAUGAUCAUGCCCAGCAGCAGCAGCAGCAACAGCAGCAACGACAAAAGUUGGAUUAUGAACAUCAAAGAUCCGGUGGUAGUCUGUUUGAUUCUGGCCCAGGCCGCAUGCUUCAGAGAGAUGCUGUGGAGCCACUGCCUUUCCCAGAGAUGCGAGCAAAACCAGAAACUGAUCCUUGGCAGGACACUGGUGCUAUGUAUGGAGGACAACCCCAGCGGCCGCCAAUGCAGCAGCAGCAGCAGCGGCAUAUGGCAAGAGACAUACCGGAAGACUAUGCAGCUAGCCAUCAGGCAAGUCGCCGCCAGCCAGUCCCUGACGCAUACAGCCGUUUUCCUGGUCAGCAGCCUCCCACCUCUUCUAGUUCUCCAUGGCAGCAGCAGCUGCAUCAGGAGCGCAAUGAUAGUGGCCCUUCAGCUGGACAGUUGCGUGGGUCCAGCGGCAGUGCUGGCUUGCACAGCCACCAACAUCAACAGUCGCAGUACCAGCAGUCCCAACCAACGCAGACCCAACGGAGAUCGGAUGACCUUUGGUCAAUGUCUGCACCAUCUUCACAGAUUGUCACUGGUCAGCAGCAGCAGCAACAGCAGCAGCAGGCAGACUGGUCAGAGAGAAUGAGUGCACGAGACGUAUCUGCACAGCGUGGUCUGCAAGCUGAUCAAAAUCCACAGCAGCCGCUUCAGCAACAGCAGUCAUUUGAAGUUCAGCGCCGAGACACUUCUUCACAGCAGCGGGGGUCCACAUCCCUGUGGUCGCGUGACGCUGAUCCACAAAAAACGGCUAGUGCUGUGCCUGUUGCAUCUAGGCAGUGGCCUCCCUCGAGUGCAGGUGCACCGAAUGCUGCUGCAUCUAGGCAGUGGCCUAACUCCUCUUCAGACUGGUCAGGUGCCCAGCUGCAGCAGCAGCAGCAGCUGCAACAGCAGCAACAGCAGCAUAGACAACAACAGCAGCGCCAUGCCAUGCAGCCAGGCCUACCUUGUCAGGAUAUUUGGAGUAGGUCUGCCAAUCAACAGCAGCAGCAGGCCUCUCAUUCGCUAGCACCCGGAAGCAGCAGCAACUGGUCAAGUGGCACCACCGCGCUCAAGCAGGCUAACAGAUCAGGCAAUGACGACAUGGCCAUGGCUAUUCCAUCGGAUCUCUUUGAGUCCUCUUUCACCAAUUUUGCAUCCGGAGCUAGGCAGGAGCGAGAGCAGGCUGGUCGUUUGGCAAUUUUCCAGUCGCUAAGCGAUACGCGCUCAAAUAAGCGCUGACGGCACAUGUCCGUACUUGUCGCCCGCUCUUCUCGGCUAUUGGUGCUGAUUCUUCUGUUCUGUCCCCCAUUCUUGUCAGUACGUGCUAGCACUAUGUGGUGGUGUUUGCACGUGUCUAUAUUGCCACUGCGCUCUAACAGUGGCAGGUACUUGGCUGCGAGAUAAGCUGUAGUUGUAUGCCUUUCGGUGGGGCUUGGGAUGAGAGAUAUCUCAUCCUCGUUCCAUCUGCUUUGUUGCUGUUUUUGUUUUUUUAGAAUGCUGGUACAUGAGAUUUUGUAGCGCUUGCAUGCGCACGUGUGUGCGUGUGUGUGUGUGCAUGUGUUUGUUUAUGAAUACGAUCCUAUUGUUGAUCAGCCUGGUGCUGUUUCGUCUAGUUGAUAUGCCAUGAAUUCCCAGUCCAUUGCCAAUGGCAUACCGACCUCGUCUUCAUUUGCAAGGCUUGUUCGAACAUGGCCUUGCCGUGUUAGUCAAGCACCAAGGUAUCGUGACAUUCCUCGGUCAUUUGCCUUGGUUUAACAUGUAUGGCAGCUAAGCAGCUUUGUCCGCUUGGUUACAUACCCUCUUUUUAACCCCAUAAUGCUAAGAACAGUAACUAUUCCAAACCUA